AUGGAUACAGACACAAACAUCCGCACUCUGUUCACUUCCGCCAAAAACCAGCGAAAAGAGCUGGAAUCCUCCCCAGACCCCACGAGCCCCGUCUACCAUGAAAAUCUGCAAGCAGCUAUCACAAGUCUCGAGGAAUGUAGGAAGAUUGUAGAUAGCAUAUCGCUAUUCAGUCCGAAUGAGACUGAAGAUGACAUCUCAUCUGGGGACCUACAGUACCUCCUCGUCGACUACUACUUAGCAGACUUGAUACUCAAAGACAAUACUUCAGACAGGCAGAUGAUCCUACAGCGAGCACAGGAAAUAUACGAACGCUAUCUCUGCCUCUUGGACACCUACAGCAUGCUCAAUGCUAGGGAUAGGAAGCUUUACGAAAGAUACCUCGAGGGUAGAGACGAUUUCUCUCUGAUAUCGACAACAGACCCUGCAGCGCGCAGAGAUACAAAAAUAGCAAGGUACAAGCAAGAGAAUGAAUUAAAGCUCAAGCUUGAAUUCCUCAGCAAGGUCCCGAUGGAGCUUCAAGGAGACGAUGCUGCACUCAGGGAGAUCGUCCUUGCCGAGAUUCAACUAUGCGUCCACCACACCUUCCACUCACUCGACGUUAUCGGGCAAGAGCUCAAGAUCCUUGCACUCAUGCCUACGACUCCACCUCCUGGACCUGAAGAUCGAGCUGCUGACUAUCGAGAACGCAACGGUCGACGUGGAGACGACUAUUCUGACCGCCUAGAUCCAUCGCUUUCGCUACUCACGAAGAAAGGGAAGGCAGGGCCCAUACUCAGCAAAGAUGGGAAACCUCUCAAACCUUUCACCCUUCUGGACAGUCGGCAGACGUUACGAGACGGCGUCUUUAGACCGGACCAUAGCCUGCCCACGAUGACCAUAGAUGAAUACCUGGCGGAGGAAAAGAGAAGAGGAGGUAUAAUUGAAGGUGGGGGAGAGCAAUCGGGCAGGCCUGCAGAGCCUGAUGAAGACAAUCUGGACAAGGCGGACAUGGAAACUAUGAAGGCGAGAGAGUGGGAUGAGUUCACUGAGUCGAAUCCCAAGGGUAGUGGGAAUACCCUUAAUCGUGGCUAG